AUGAUUUUAGAAUAACCAAAGCCUCAAGAUAAUUUAAAACCAAUCAAAUUUGAACUCCUGAAUAAAAAUUUCAUUAAAUAAAUAGAUGAUUGUUUGGCAGUUUCUUUUAAUGCAGAUUAUUCGAUUGUGGCAGCUGGAUGUCAUAGAUUAAUAAAAAUAUAUGAAUUCAGACAAGGAAUUUUGAAAGAGAUACAAAUCUUAAAUCAACGUAAUAGUGGAGUGAGCACUUUAUAUUUCAUGAGAAAAUCCAAUUAGUUUAUAUCUGGAGAUAUGAAAGGAUCUAUUUUUCUUUGGGCAAGGAAUCAUGUUAAUUAAUGGACUUGUUCAUACAGAGAUAAUCAGCACAAUGUAAACAUAAAUUAUUUAAUUAUGAAUAAUAAUGAAGACACUAUGAUAUCAAGUAGUGAUUACAAAACUAAAUACUAAACAAAACAAAUGGGUCUGUGA